AGCCCCAUUGCCUCCCCCAUCGACGCCUUCGACCCCGUGGCCGACGUGGCCGACGUCGAUGACGACCUGGCCGAGUUCCUGCGCCAGGAGAAGGAGAUGCUUGGCGAGGACAUGAGCUUCGAGCCCUCGAGCGAGGAUGCCCCGGCUGCCGCCGCCCCCACCGAGUCCUUCGCCGCGGCCGAUGUCGAGGACGAUGAGGCGGACUUCUUCGCCAACUCCAGCGUCCCCAUGUCGGUCGAGACCGCGUCUCCCUCUUUCUCCAGCCCCAGCGCUCCGGGCACCCCGGCCGCCAUCCCGGAGGCCAUUGCCAAGUGGCGCGCCGAGCGCGACGCCAAGAUCGAGGCCCAGGAGGCCGAGGCUCGCACCCAGGCCGCCGAGAUGCGCAAGGAGGCCGCCGCCGCCCUGGAGAAGUGGCGCUCCGAGCGCAAUGCCAAGAUCGCCAACGCCGCGCGCGCCAACCGCGACGCCGAGUCCGCCCUCAAGGCCAAGGAGUCCCCCUCUGGGGCCACCGAUGUCAACCCCUGGGUCCGUGUCGCGGACAAUGUCGACCUGACCACCAAGGGCCAGCGCUCCACCAAGGACGUCUCCCGGAUGCGCUCGGUCAUGGUCCAGCUCAAGACCAACGCCCCGGUUCGCUCGGGCGUCAAUGUCUAAAGAGGAAGAUGUGCGCGCGCGCGCGCGGCCCAUGGGGGCAUCCCCGCCCCCUCCCAGGCUGGGCUACUCCUCCCUCCCUUUGCCGCCCUACAAUAGCCCGAGGGCGAUCGGGAGAGGGGGGACGACGCGGUAUCCUCCUUGACUCCCCUCCGUCUGCGCAUCUACACACCCACACACACACACACA